AAAAAAAAAGUAAAUAAGAAAAACAGCAGCGCAGAGCAGAGCUGUGAAAACUGUAGCUAUCAGUGGUGUGGGAGCUUAUUAUGGUCAUCAUCACUGUCUCUUUAACAAUGGCGUUUUGACCUCUCUCCUCAUCUCUCUCUCUCUCUCUCUCUAUUUUCUGGGUUUUCCCCUAAUCUUCUCUUUCAUUUCAAAGUUGCAAUCUUUUUUUUUUCUGCUCUGCCUCGCGGAUACUUCUUCUCCUCUCUCUCUCUCUUCGCUGCUCUGUUCUUAGUUCCCCUGUAGAGUACGGCAAAGAUAUCAUCUUGUAGGGUUUAUCGCCCUUAUUUGUAGGGAAUUCGAUUUUGUUAGGAUUAGAGAUUCCCUUUUCGAUAUUCGUCUUUUUUAUAUAACCCUCCGAGAUUCUCUCUCUCGCUGUGAUUUUGAUUUCAAGUCAUAGGUUCAGUUGAUACUUGGAAGAUCUGAGUUCUCUGUUGAUAAUCUGAGUAGUUGCUGGUUUGUUUGAACGCUAAAGACACUAACUUUGCCGAAAUUCUAGUUGGAAUCUCAGAUUUUAGAGAGGGAUUAGGCUUUUAUUAUAUCGAAUUUUGGUGGGGUUUGGAUUCCAAAAUGACUGUGGAGGAAGUUAGUGAUGGUUCUUCUGCGUGGAGUAGGGAUGAUGAUAUAGCCUUCGAGAGAGCUCUUGCUAGUUACACAGAUGAAUCCGAGGAAAAGUGGGAGAAGAUUGCUGCAGAUGUUCCGGGGAAAAGCGUUGAGCAGAUUAAAGAACACUACGAGCUUUUAGUUGAGGAUGUUAGUAAUAUCGAAUCAGGAUGCGUCCCACUUCCUUCCUACGGUUCUCCUCAGGGAGGAUCAACUGGUGGUGGUGGUGAUGAUGGAGGAAGUACUAAGAAAGGAGGAGGAAAUGAGUCUAAUCAGGGAAGUAAAGCAAAGGCAGAUCAAGAACGGAGAAAGGGUAUUGCCUGGACCGAGGAUGAGCACAGGUUGUUUCUUCUUGGUUUGGAUAAGUACGGGAAAGGUGACUGGCGUAGCAUUUCUCGUAACUUCGUGGUGACAAGAACACCGACUCAAGUCGCUAGCCACGCUCAGAAGUACUUCAUUCGUCUGAACUCGAUGAACAAAGAGAGAAGACGAACGAGCAUUCACGACAUCACUAGUGUUGGUGACGCAGAUGUCUCAACGCCACAAGGACCGAUCACCGGUCAGAACAAUAACAACAACAACAACAACAACAACAACAACGGUUCUGCUUCUGCUGCUGCUGGUGUUGCUGGAGGAGGAGGAAACAAUCCAGCAAAGCAAGCCGCCUCUCAACCACCUCCUACGUACGGAACACCAAGCAUAGGUCAACCAGUAGUUGGAACACCUGUGAGCCUCCCAGCUCCACCUCACAUGGCUUUUGCUGCUCCAGUCCCUGGUGCACCAGUGAACAUGAGCCAGAUGCCGUACACCAUGCCGCGUACACCAACGGCUCAUAGGUAACGUCUGAGAGAAGAGAAUACCUUUUGUGAUAUGGGUAGUGCUCUUUAAGGUUUUAGGUAUAAGAAAAAAUAUGUGUAAAGAGGACUUGAGUGAAUAUAUUCAGACUUGUUCCUUUGAGUGGAUUUUUUCUGUUACUUUAGUUUGUGGGGAUUUUUUUUUGAAUAAGGUGUUUAAGAUCAUGUGAUUA